AUGCCUGUUGUGACGCCAGAGCAGUGCCGAGAGUUCAUGAAGAGCACAAUCCAGAUAGCUGUCACUUUAAUCUGCUUUAAGAGAAGCAUAUUUCCACCCUCAGCCUUUGGAAUUAAACGAAUGAUGGAGGUAGAUGUCAAGUGCCUCGACAAAAGCGAUAAGAAUGCAUACGCCCUGUCUCAAGCCCUGGAGCUAGGAGUGUUCGACGCCAUCGAUAAGGGGUUUCUAAGAGAGGUAAUCCUAGGAAUCUUCUUGAACCGUGACGCACCCAUGGAGCUCAUCGAGAGCUACAACUUCCGGAUAAGCACCAGCCCAUCACUGCCUCAAUCUGCCCAAUCUCUUAUGGAAGAGGUUAACCGGUUCACAGGCCGUCUCCUAGGCACCUUAAACGAGCUACCGUCCUUGCCAGAAGACAAGGACAUUCUGCUACGAUGCUUUUAUAAAUCGAACACACCUGAGAGUUACGUUAUGCCAUAUUUUUCCCUGUGUAAGAAUGCUGGAAGCCUUCAUAUUUCUUCGGAAAAGGCCCCUUAUGAGGUAUCUCUCGACCGCUUUGAGACGCCCUACGAGGCCAUUGGCUUGAAACUGUAUGUACCAGACUAUAUCACCUUAGAUCACCAGUCAGAGAAUCCGGAGCCUCACAAAGAACGCGUGUUGUUGGAGGCAAAGAUAGAUGAAAUCCUGACCGGAAGGGCUGGAACCAAGGAGUGGGCUCUUGCCAUACUACAUCGAAUCCUCUCUCUCAAAUUCCCCAUUUCACUCAAAGACGCUGCGCAGUUGGUGCAGUGCAGUGUCUACAGAAUUCGCAAAGUGGCUGCUGAGCACCCCUUUAUCAAAAUAUCGAAGAGUGUCCUCAAUGUCGUCGACGAAUCAAAACUUCAAUUCGCCCUGCAGUGCACAACCCGUGAGCUAACCGACCUUCUGUAG